AUGCGUGAGUAGGAGGAUCCUAUCAUGCUCUUUGGAUUUUAUUGUCUAUUCUCAGGGAAACCUAACAAAUGAAUCGAUACCUUAGAUCGACUCAACCGAGCUGCGAGCAGUGUUGCGGAUACGGAAGGAUUGAAUCCCUUUUGUCGACUACGCCAACACCGUCGGAGAAAGGCACUCUCUCGGCUGAGAAGCAGGUACUCUUCGCAAGACGCAACCGUUGAUAGGCCAAGUGAGGGCAGGGAGAAGAUAGCAACGGCGAGAUCGCCCCCGACAGCGGAGGAGAGCUUUGGUUCUCAGGCCACCACCGUUCACGAGGGGCCUAAUCGAGUGGAUACCAUAACUCUGGAGGAAGGUCAACCACAGCUAGCAAACCCACAGAGAAUGUCUAAUUAUUCGGAAAAGGAGAGGAAGGAAGGCAAAACUAUCUGGGGACAGUUCAGAGCUGCGGUGUUUAACAGUUGGAUCAACGUGUUCCUCGUGUUUGCUCCCGUAGGAAUUGCUACACACUAUGCUGGGGUUGAUCCGUAGGUACCCCUUUCCUUGCCGGCUAACCGCCAGGAAUAAUAGUUGCUAACAUGCGAGGACGUCCUAGGACAAUCGUUUUUGUGAUGAAUUUCAUUGCUAUCAUACCUUUGGCCGCCUUAUUAGCAUACGGAACGGAAGAGAUUGCGUUGUAUUGCGGUGAUGUUUUGGGUGGUCUAUUGAAUGCUAGUUUUGGGCAAGUUUUUCUCAUCUUCCAAUUUAGGAAUUUCUGGAUGGAGCUAAUCAUUCUAAUAGCAAUGCGGUGGAACUCAUUAUCUCAAUUCUCGCACUGGUUAAGGGUGAGAUAGUGAUUGUCCAGACAUCGCUCAUUGGAAGUAUUCUCAGCAAUCUGCUGCUCGUUCUCGGCUUCGCUUUCAUAGCGGGCGGCUACAAUCGUAUCGAACAGAACUUCAAUACCACUGUUGCUCAAACCGCCAGUAGUCUUUUAGCCCUCUCGGUGGGUAGCCUGGUCGUACCCACCGCAUUCCACAUGGCUGGUCCUUCCGACAAGGGUAUUACAGAGCUUAGCCGCGGUACCGCCGUCAUCCUACUGUUGGUUUAUGCAUCCUAUCUAUUGUUUCAGCUGAAAACCCACACCGACAUUUACAACGAGCCCUCCGAGAAAUCGCCCAAACGAAACCACGUUGAGCCAAUUGGAAAGUCACUUGUUAGUGCGAGCGCUAAUGUCUCGCAUGCGGUAGUUAUGGGAAAGCCAAGACCGGACCACCCGGUUGAGGAAGAAAAGGAGGAACCAAGCCUCACGUUGUGGGCCGCUGUUAUUUUGUUGGCUGCUAGCACGGCGCUUGUGGCCAUCUGCGCCGAAUGUUUGGUUGAUUCGAUCGAUCAUCUCGUCACAAGUGCAGGUAUCAGUAGGGUCUUUGUCGGGCUGAUUCUGCUCCCGAUUGUGGGGAACGCCGCGGAGCACGCUACUGCUGUUACCGUGGCUGUAAAGGAUAAAAUGGAUCUUUCGAUUGGCGUCGCCGUUGGAUCUUCGAUGCAAAUCGCCCUUCUUGUUAUUCCGUUUAUUGUUGUGCUUGGUUGGAUCAUUGGAGAGGAUGACAUGACGCUAUACUUUGAUGGGUUCCAAGUUAUGAUUUUGUUUGUAUCGGUCCUGUUGGUGAACUAUCUAAUCCAGGUAUUCACUCCGCCCCCUAUUGGCCUUGAGCAUAUGCUAACUGGGAUCGUCUGCAGGAUGGCAAAUCGAAUUAUCUUGAGGGAAAUUUGUUGGUUGCGCUAUAUGUGAUUGUUGGGCAUGUACCCCCAUGCUCUGCGUAUAUUCUCGGGGGAAUCUCCGCUAAUUGUGAGAACAGUCUAGCAUCUUUCUUCUAUCCAGAGGAGGGCCCACUGGCGCAGGUUUCUAAAUAGCAUCGUACUCCCCGACACAUCCCCUGCUUCUUCUCUCGAGGCCCUAACAUAUGUUCGAUCGUUCGAAAUAGGGUUACUGUUCGUUUUUGUCUAUUGUUUGUUUGUAAUUAUACCGUAUCAUAAUUUCUUUUAUGCCGAGUCUUUGGCUUACUUCACAAUUGGUGUAGAAUGUAUCAUAGUGUAUCACUCGAGAAUUUCAUUGGUAGAUCGGGUCUGUCGUAGAAAUAUGCAAUGGCUACUGUAGUAGAACAAAUGUUAGCAAAUCGAUAGAAGACAAGUUAAACCCAACUAGA